CUUGUCCCGAAGAUCUGGAGAAGAGGGAGUAAAGUCGGAUCUUACGGCGCAAUUCGUUAGAAUGCGUGGCCUUGGGAACUAUAUAACCAUGGAGGUUUGCCAGGUGCAAUGUUCAACCAGCGUCAGAUAUCAAACCGAUAAAAAAGGCAAGGGAAAGAAUACUGAAAAGGAAGAACAUCAAUAAUUAUAAUGGAAUUCAAGCCCCGCUUUCCGACCUUGGCGAAGACGUCGCCGAAGUCUUUGAUAAAUCAAGGUUCGCCGAUCGUGAUUCUUCGCGAUCAGUUUACGAUCUCAACAUGGCUCCUUUUGGGAGCCUCCGUUAACGUAGCGCUAUCGCUUCUUCUGCCCCAGAGCUCCAUCUACAUCGGCGGACUUAUGCUUUCGGUUCUGGGCUUCCGCGUCGGUCUAGCUCUGCUACAGACUUUUGGUAUCCUCCAUAAUCCUGGAAUGGACAAAGUCGUUCUAGGCAAGGUCUCGCCACAGAUACCGGAUGUAUACGGCCACUUGCCUACCGAGCCAAGCCAGGAACGCGUUGUCGUAUUGUUGGUAGGCUUUAGAUCGAAUCAUCCCCUGGGUGCUCUCGCCCCUGGCUUCAAAGAAACCACCAACGGGUUCUCGGAAAUGCUCAAAGUACUGGAUGGCCCUGAAGGACGCCAGAAAUACGGAUUCCUUGGCAUGAGCUCAUACAUGGGGAUGGAAAGCUCAGCAGCGAAUGAGAUCAUAUCGAUCAGCUACUGGCGCAAUAUCGAAGCUAUCCAUGAAUUCGCCUAUAGUCCCGUGCACAAGGAGGUGUGGGAUUGGUGGAACCGCACGGAAAAGAAGCAUGAUCAUAUUGCCAUCAUGCAUGAGAUUUACCGUGCAGAGGGUCGACAGGGGGCCCAUGAGGCAGUAUAUGUCAACAGCAAGCCUACGUUGCUUGGCGGCACUGCGUAUCCCACGAAAGAAAAGACCGAAGAGAAAGAAGAUGAGCUGGUUUGGAGGAGUCCGCUUGUUGAAGCGAGAAGAGGUGUUCUGGCAUCAGGCAAGGGAAGACUGGGACAGUUGAAAAGGAGUUGAGCGAAUUUGGCUUCUUGAACAUCCCCACUCACGAUGGCGGCUGCAAUAAAUAACAAUGACCCGAAGCUGUGUGAACUUGAAUUUUGUGUACUAUAUAUUCUUUCAUGUAAAUAAUAAUUGUUUAGAAACCUUUCCUUUGUAGCUAUAAAGGAAUAUAGGGUGUCAAAUACUUA